AUGGACGAGGAUCUGCUUUUCGAUGCGAUGCCCACCAUUUUGGCGUAUCUGUGGGCCAUAGCAGCUGGCGUGUCAGUGGCAUUCCAGGUUGGAGGCGGCAUCAUCCUUAAUGACACGCCCUCUCCUGCAUUCGCCCAUGCUUCCUACGUUUUUUCCAUCAACCUCGGGAUCGGCGCAGUUUGGCUCCUGGCGCUUGUGCGACUACAAGGAGGACCAGCCCCGAAUGCUCCGACGAGGAAGUGGUCAGUCUUGGGCGGAUUCGCGAUCAUCCCUGUCUUUGUGUGCACACCUGCCGCAGCUUUCCUGGGUACGCAGAUGAUUCUGAUGUUGGUACUGGUUGGAAUGAUGACUUGUGCUAUCAUUUUCGAUUGCCGCGGAAAACGGUUGCGCAUGACCCGCUACAACUCCAUGGGUUUAUGCUUCCUUGCAGCCGCCGUGGGCAUCGAAAUGGCAGACUCGAUUAGCCAAGUGACGGGCUCCGCCUCGGAGAUUGCGUUCUAUUCAGCCUGCACUUUGAUCGCUGGUGUUUGCUACAGCGUGCAGGCGAAGAUGAACAAACGGCUAGCCAGGGAUCUUGGCUCCUCAGCUCGCAGUGCUUUGUUUUGCAACUUGACUUCGAUGCUGUGGGCAAUCCCCUUAUGCAUCACUUUGCAGACGCGGGGAAUCCCACUGAACUUCCAAGAGUCAAAGUGGUGGAUCUGGCUGCUCUGUGGCCUACAGUCUGCCUUCUACACGUACUCACUAGCGGAAUUGCCGAAACUCAUUGGAUACUCGGUGCUUUUCGUCCUUGUCUUAGCAGGCAAGCUGACAACCGCAUCCCUGGCAGACACCUUCGGCCUCUUCUCGCCCCCGCGACCGGUGUCGGUGGCACGCUUUGUCAGUGUUGGCAUCACAGUUCUUGGCGCGGUGCUCUUCUCCUACAACCCUGUGGGCUUGCCCGAAGUGGUUGUCAAGCCUCUGAGACCGCCUCCUCCGAGGGGACUGCCAGAUGCGAAAUGUCGGAAUCCAGAAGGCAGCGACUGUUCAGAGUCCGGCGAGGACUCCGACGAUGCUCCUUUCAGCGAGGACAAAGAGAGGCAGCAGAGUGACAUGGAGGUUCUCCUGGCACACCGGUCGUCAUUGAUGAGAAACACUUCGCGGCAGUCCCGCUUCAGCGAGGAGGACAUCCCAGCGAGCGCACACCAGCUAGCCCGGGAAGCUCGCGCAGAAGAGGACGAGCGCACGGUCGUCAAGCCAUCCAGGCUGUCGCUUUUUCACCGUGUCUUCCGGCACAGCAGAGCUGAGUGCAAAGAAGGAGGUGGGAGACAAAGCAUGCUUCACCAACUUCAUCAGGACGCAUCAAGACCAGAUGAUGCAUGGUUCCGCCGCUGGUCCAGCCUGCUUUCAAAGGAAGGCUUAGCUUGCACAAAGGUUGCUACAAAUGGGAAGCCUUAUCCUCGCCGCUUACUGGUCGACUGCAGGAAUCUGAUGGUAGAGAUCCAUGGAGGCCGCAGUGGGACGGUUGGCAUCCUGCUGGAUGAUUUAGUCGACGUUUGCAAGGCCUGUCGCAUCGCUUGGCGGACGAUGGCCGUGGACGCUCAGCUCAGGACCUUGAAAGCUCAGAAUUCGUUCGAUUUCGGCAACAAAAUGCCAGGCAUGAGAAAGAAUUGGCUUGUCGAGACCUGCGCUCAGACUGCUCAGAUCACUAAGUGUCCUGCUUUGGUGAGCUUUGUGUUUCUGACGUGGAUCUCUCGCAUUCUGUUGCACUUCUUUGGCUAUGGUGGCUAUGGAUCUCUUUCAGUCGCCGUCAAGGCGCGCACAGACACGACAGGGCAGCUCGUGCCGAUUCCAGCCUACAAUUGUGGAAGAUUUGCUGCGAUGGCUCUGAGAGUGAACGGCGACGGCGAGACGCCAGUGCCACCGAAGCCUCUGCAAACAUUCACGUUUGGGAAGCACAGAGGCCGAAGUUUUCAAGAUGUGGCGAACACGGAUGCAAGCUACUGCAACUGGGCGCUGACAAUGGAAAACCCGAAUGGACAGCUUAAGGAGUUUCAACAGUAUCUCCAAAGGUUUCAAAAGAGAGUGCCUAAAGCGCCAUCCGCUCCCCCUACUGCCAGUGCUCCCCGGGCUGUGGCUACGCCACAAAAAGGGCAGCUCGCAUCCGACAUCACACUGGUUUGCGAGCUCAUCCAAGAAGAUCAAUUCCUUGUGCGUGCUGAAAGAUUGGGCAGCAAGGAUCCGGUGUUUGUGCCACCGCAUGUGUGGCAAGCAGUGGGAAGACAGGAGGGCGCAUCCCUCGGAGUCGACCGGCGUUCCUGGCACUUCCCCCUUCACAAGUACAAGGCUGUUGUGACAGGCUUGGAGGAGCUUGGCCAAGUGGAACACAUCCCGAGUUGGGUCCUGAACUUGCUACAAAAAGCUCGGCGUGCUGCGGGCGAUAAGGUGCAGGAGGCCCGUUUGCCACCGAAGCUACUUCCGUACCAACUUGAGGGUGUACACUUCGGCACAGAAAAGGCCGGGCGUGUCUUGAUCGCGGAUGAAAUGGGCCUUGGAAAGACCCUUCAAGCACUGGCUCUAGCGGCCCAGUACAGAGAAAACUGGCCCGUUCUAGUCGUUUGCCCGUCGUCAUUGCGAUGGGUUUGGCAAGAGCAGGCACUGCAAUGGCUAAACGGAGUCUUGCGCCCCUGUGAUGUGCAAGUGAUUCGGAAAGGCUCGGAGCCCCUGAACCCCGAAUGCCACAUGUGGAUCAUCUCCUACAACCUGCUGGCCUCCGAUGCCAACCGAGGGAAGUUCACACAGCGCCCUGACGGAACGCCGCACGGCAUAGUCAUUGCUGACGAGAGUCACAACAUGAAGGACUGGGGCGCCGCGCGGACCAAGACAAUGGUCCCUCUGCUGCGCCAGGCACAUCGUGCAGUUCUGCUCUCGGGUACUCCUACGAGGAACUCUGCCGACGAGCUUCAUCCGCAGCUUUGUGGCUUGAUUCCUGACGUUGCGAGGCUUGUCGAUUUCCGAGCAAGAUACUGCGUUAUGCAGCAGCAGUCUUUCCAUGGUGGACGCGCAAUAAGCAGAGUCGUGGGUGCUCGAUGUGCUGCAGAGUUGAAUUUUCUCCUCAUGUCCACGGUCAUGAUUCGAAGGCAGAAGAAGGAAGUCCUCUCGCAGCUUCCUGAGAAGCGGCGGCAGCGUGUGCCGCUGGACGUUGAUGGAAAGUUGUUGCGCGGCGUUCAGUCCGAUGAUCUACAUGACUUCAUCGGAGAUGGUCCCUCGAAGCCGGACAGUUCCGACAUCUUCAUGCAGAUUGCGAAGGCCAAGCUCAAAGCUGUAAAAGAGUACCUUUCCGAAGUGCUGGAACGCGUGGACGACAAGAUCAUCAUCUUCGCACACCACAAGCUCAUGCUGGACGAAAUCUCGGAGCUUCUAAAGAAGCACCUGCCCAAGAUGAGCUGUUCCUUUAUACGAAUCGACGGCAGCACCCCAAUGGCGAAACGCCAAGAGAUUGUAAGGCAGUUCCAAGAAGAUCCCAGCUGCCGAAUUGCUCUGUUGUCGAUCACCGCUUGUGGUGAGGGCUUGACGAUGACAGCUGCCAGCCUGGUGAUCUUUGCAGAGCUCUACUGGGUCCCGGGGUGUGUGGAACAAGCUGAAGCAAGAGCUCAUCGUAUUGGCAGUACCCACAGCAAGGUGGUCGUGGAAUUUCUGGUCGCGCCAAACACGCCCGACGAGAUUAUCUACAACAGCUUAGAGCGCAAGAAGCAGGACACGUCCGCUGUUUUGGAUGGCUUCGCAGAAUCCAUGAACGUGGCGCCAGCUAGCCUCGUACCGAAGAGGUCGGUCGAAGAAAGUCCCGAAGCACAGAAGCGCAGGAAAACAUCGGGACCGGAGGCCGUAGACAGGUCGAAGGUGGACGUGCUGCUAAAAGCCAUGCGUGAUGGCCAGAAGGCUCUCAGUCUGCAGGCCUUAGUCUUGCACACCCCCGCCCGGUCCUUCUCCUUCCUCUUCGCAAACGUUUCGCAGCGGGACGUGUUCGGUCAGUUCCUUGUGUAUUUGAUCAGCAAGCAUGACCGCGGGAUGACAUCAGUCGACACCAUGUCAGCCGCCACGACUGCACGCGACGCAGACUUGGACGAGCCCGCUACGCAAGCAAAUACUUCGCCUCCGAAAGAGGGUCGCGGGAGAGUGACAUAUCCCAACCACUCCUGGUACGAGGGCGACUUCAGCGAGUACCAGCGUCAUGGCCGAGGGACACUUCACCUUCCGGACGGCACGAAGCACGAAUGCCAGUGGCACAAGGAUGAACGGCACGGACCCGGGAGAGAAUACUGGGCAGAUGGGACCGUCUUCCGCGGCAAUUACGUCCACGGAUUGCGUCAUGGCCAUGGAGUGAUGACGUGGCCUGAGGGGUCCAGGUACACAGGCCUCUUCGAACGAGGUCGCGCAAACGGUGACGGCGAGCUGGUGCGCACCGACGGUUCAGUCUAUCGGGGUCAGUUCAGGGAGGACUGCAUGAGUGGAGACGGCUGCAUGCAGUGGGUCGAUGGAGUCGAGUACAAGGGCCAGUUCGAGGCGAACCGAAGACAUGGCUUCGGAAAGAUGGUAUGGACAUCUGGGAAGUGGAAGAGCUACGAAGGCUCCUGGAAGGCCGGCGGUCAACAUGGUCGCGGCAUCCUCACAGAUCAAGACGAUGCUGUGUAUGUCGGCCAUUUCUUCGAUGGCAAAAUCGAUCACUGGGAGGGAAGCCCUCCUGACUCAGGCCUUUGA